AUUACUUAAACCCUCAGAGCUAUUGCCCUUCCAGAACCAUUCAUCUCAAAUGGCAGCAUUGGAUUAUAUUGUUUCGGUUGAGAGUGAUAUAUUUGUCGCAACAUAUGGAGGCAACAUGGCAAAAGUUGUUGAAGGCCAUAGAAGGUUCCUGGGAUUCAAGAAAACAUUGGAUCCAAACAGAAAGAUUGUGGUGAAUCUGACAGACAAGUACAACAAAGGAAAAUUAAAGUGGGAAAAGUUUUCAGCUGUGAUGAAGGAAGCUCAUGCAAACAGGUGGGGGAAGCCGGCGGAUAGAGUUGUGAUUCCUGGAAAACCAAAGGAUGAGGACUACUUCUGGUCCAACCCACAAGAAUGCUUAGCUCCACCUUCACCCUCACCCUCCACUUAAAACAAAACCAUCACAGAUUUGAUGUCAUGGUAUUAUCAUUGUCAUGUGCAUUGAUGACUCACCUUAUUUACAUGUUACAUUCACUUUCAUAUAUAUAAAUAUAUAUGUAAAAAUGUGAAAAUGCAGGCAGGCCAAUAACAGAGUACCCUGUAAUGAAAAUUGUGCAAAUUAUUCUGUAUGUAUUGAUAGU